GCGCUCAAUUAAGGGUUGCUCUUUCACCUAUUCGUGAGGAGAAGGAUGUGUAACGAGUUGGGGGGAGGGGGUCCUCCUUUGCCUUUCCUAAUUUAAAUCCCGCUCCCCUUCCCGUCUCGUGACAGAUCCUGUUGAAAGCCAAAGUGGAGGAGAAAAAUUUUCAAAGGGUGCAUGAAUCAUUACACAGUGAGACUAUAACAAAGUAUCCAGGCAGCUCUACUCACCAAACUAUUCAAAGUUGACUAUUAAACUUCUCAGUUUAAGCAUUAUGACAAAGGAAGAAUCUUACAGGGAAGAAUUUAGUUAUGAUAGGAUGCCAACUUUGGAGCGCGGAAAACAACAGAAUGGAAGUUAUGUUCCAGAUAUUAAAUCUAGCAAUCUUCAGCUCUCCAAAAAAUUUCAUCCUUGUUUCUUUUAUAAAACUUGGAUUUAUUCAUUGCUGAUGGGGACUUGUAUUCUUGUUACUUCUGGAUUUUCCCUUUACCUGGGGAAUGUUUUUCCAUCUGAAAUGGAUUAUUUGCGUUGUGCAGCAGGUUCAUGUAGUCCCUCAGCAGCAGUGAGUUUUGCCAUAGCCAGAAACAAAGCUAAUGUGAUACCUGAUUUUCAGUUUCUGUUUGUUUCAACAUUUGCGAUUACAACAACGUGUUUAAUUUGGUUUGGAUGCAAGCUUGUGUUAACACCUACAGCAAUAAAUAUAAAUUUCAACCUGAUUCUCCUGAGUCUGCUAGAGGUUUUCAUGGCAACUACUGUAAUAAUAUCUGCUAGGUCUAAUGAGGAAUGCUGCAGGAAGAAAAGAACAAUUAUUUAUGAUACUACUAGCACAUUGAAUAAUGUCAACUUCCCAAUACGGAUCCUAAAAUCUUAUUCGGUGGUAGAAGUAAUUAUUGGAAUUUCUGCAGUGUUUGGAGGAAUAAUUGCCUUGAAUAUGGAUGUGCUAAUUUCUGGCCCAUACCUUUCGGUCACUUUUUUUUGGAUCUUAGUUGCUUGUUUUCCCAGUGCUAUUGCAAGUCAUGUUGCUGCUGAAUAUCCAAGCAAAUGCUUGGACGCCUAUUGGCCCAUAAAGGUAUUGCUGAACUGUUUGAGAUCUUCCUUUUCACUGAGCAAAAAGGUGGAAGUUCUUAUUGCCAUAAGCAGUGUUACAUCACCCUUGUUAUUCACAGCUUCAGGAUACUUGUCUUUCAGUGUAAUGCGCAUUGUGGACAUGAUUAAAAAUUAUCCACCAACAGUUCAACAGUCUUAUGAUGUGCUGCUCUUGCUUCUAAUGCUGAUGCUGUUAGUUCAAGCAUUUCUGACAACUGGGACAGUCAUACUCUGUGUAAAUUUUAAAGCAAAAAUGAAAAUGCAUGAUUCGUUAUGGGUGGGGCCACUAACAAACAAACAAGAAUACAAAACAACAGAGGUGUCCAAUAACAGCAUGAAGGAUUUUGACAAAGAGAAAGCUUGGAAAGCUGUUGUAGUGCAGAUGGCUCAGUAAUCUGUACUUGGGAAACUGAACCAGAUAAAUUUUAGGGCUAAAUAAUGUUUGUAUACAAGGGCUGUGGUAUUAAAUGCAAAGCAAUUAAUUUCAUAGCAACUCCAUUGACCAGAAUGGCUUGAAAACAAUUCUUGCAUCAGAAUAUUUUCAAUAAACAAUAACAUCCUUUAAAAGUAAUAGAUUGUUCUAAUAGUACAUGUAUUUGAUUUUAGUUCAUCUUGAUUUCAGUAACUUUUUUUCUUUAUAAACUGUGGUUUUAAACAGUACCAUUGUUAAUUAAAUAUUUUGACCACAUGAACAGUUAAUGCAAUUAGUUUUGUUAUUGCAAGAAGCUAAUAUAAUUGCUGGUAUUUAACUGGUAUAAAAUUUUAAGCAAGUUUGUAACAAAUAUAUUUUACCUGUAAUCUUUUUCUGAUUAUUUUUUUUAAAGUUAAACUUGUUUUUACUUUUGGAUAAAAUAAAAAUCUUUAUUGCAAGCCA